AUGGGCGAAGAAGAUAAUAUUGCAGGCUAUGUGUCGAAGGUGCAUAUUUUGAUUCAUCUAAUGAAAAGCUGUGGUGAAACCCUUACUGAUAAGAUGAUAGUUGAUAAGGCAAUGCGUACAUUGACCUCUCACUUUGAUCACGCUAUAGUAGCUAUUCAAGAAUCCAAUAAUAUUGAAACCAUGAAAUUGGGAGAUUUGUUUGGUUUGUUAGAGGCGCAUAAGUUAUGGAUUGUCGAGAGGAAAACACUUCAAGAAUCGAUACAAGCUCUGCAGGCCGAUGAUAGGGAUUAUGAAUCCUCGAAAAGAGGAGAAGGGAACUCCUAUCAGAAAGACAAAGAAGAGAAAAAAGUUGCAGAUGACCAUGUUGACUCCAAAAUAUGGUUCCGCGAUACACGUUGCUCGAAUCACAUGACUGGUAGCAAAUUAUGGUUAGCAAAUUUUGAUGAGUCGAAGAAGAGUAAGGGCAAAAUUGCUGAUAAUAGCUCGCUACAAGCAGAAGGUAAUGCCGACAUAAAUAUUCAAAGGAGCAAUGGAGCAAAAUCUAUGAAAUUCUGGUAUACAGAUCUCAGAUAUCCUAAUAGAUGUCGAGACAUUAAUCUUUAA